UUGGCGAUGUGACUAUGGAUGUGCAUAUACCUCACUGCGGAAUUGGUCGUGUCAUCGGUCGCGGUGGCUGCAAUAUUAGCGAACUUCAUCACACCUCGGGUGCUCUUGUCAAGGUGAACCGUAAGGGCUCGACCGAGGCCACGACUCCAUUCACAAUCAGCGGAAGCCAUUGCUCUUGCAAAAUAGCGAUUGAGCUGAUCAAUGCCGCAGUUGGAGGUGGGACGAAACUAUUCAGGGCUUGUGCGGCCGCCCAGAGGUGUGUCCCCCAAUUCAAUGGCUGCUCAAUCUGGUGCUCGCGGUAGAAAAUAGCCUUGGUUUCAGCCUAAUAUGGUGCUGCACCGGGGACAAUAAUGUGACAAUAUUACAAUGUAGAGAAAUAGAUCUCCGUUCACACUUCCUUCCGUCUGUUCAGGUUUUGCUUUGUUUUGCUGAUGCUGGUGAUUUACACAUGCAUGUUGUUGUCUGGUGAAAUUGUCCCCCGCUGUAUAGUAUACGUUUAGUAGAAUCACCUUUUUGUUUCGCUCUUUUUCCCCUUCUUUCAUUUUUAUUUGUCUUUAUAAGUGUUAGGUACCUCCUCCCGUACCUUUUCUGGCUGGCCUGCAUAUGUAUGUAGUUGUAAUUGUACACAUCGUAUUCGUAGUAUUCGUACUCACCUUUCGUUCCGUUGGCCUGGGUAGCUACUUGCGCGCCCAUCUUUGCCAUAGCUACCCAGGCCCUUUAUCUUGCAUGCUCUCCUAUUCGACUCCCUCUCUCUCCCUUAUUGUUGUCGAAGUAGUUCGUCUUUGUCUCCGUCUCUUCGUCUACCCCACUAAAUGUCGUUCUACCUUCCUGUCCCGUUAUCCGUUGUGUCUGGA